GGGCGUAGGGCAGGGCGCCAGUCACGUGGAGGCGCCCGUAGGGUGAAGUGGACCAGUCCGACCAGUGCGAUCCUGAUCCUUGGACGCCACACUGUCCGCGAGUACAGUGCGGGGCCUGCAACCUUCGCGCUUCGCGUCCGAGUCACUGCCGACCUCCAGAGCCUCCAGGGCGUGGCGAGGCGAGGCGCCGGGCGCAGCGACACCAUGAUCCAGGACAUUCAGGACGUGGACCCCGCCAAGCCGCCCCGCGAGCUGGGGCACUCGGCCAUCGUGUCGGUCGAGUUUGAAGUGUACGGCCAAGUGCAAGGGGUGUACUUCACGAAGUACUGCAGGGAACGCUGCCUGGAGCUGGGCCUCGGCGGCUGGGUCAAGAACUCCAAGAAGGGGACCAUCCUGGGCAAGAUGCAGGGGGAGAAGAGAUACGUCGAACAAAUGAUCUCGUGGCUGUCCAAGACCGGGAGCCCCGGCUGCAGGAUAGAGCGCUGCGACCUGCUCAACCUGGAGUACCUGAGGCGGCCCGAGUUCCGGGGCUUCACCAUCCGCUUCUAAGCCGCCCAAACAUCCACCCGUGUGUUCGUGUGUGUUUACGUCUGUCUGUCUGUGUGUCUGAGUGAGUGAGUGUGUGAUUUGCGUGGGACAUGAUCGUAUUAAGAAAAGUGACCGUCGUGCUAUAGCGAUAAUGUAUGUACAAAGAUAUUUUUGUUGACAUAGAGCAAAUAUAUACUUUCCAACCCA